AUAAUCUCUAUAGAGAGAAUCUAAACGCGAGUCGAUCCGGAGACAGAAUCAAAUCUCCUGCAAACACAGGAGACAGAAAACCCUGAAAACACGGCUGUUUCACUCGAUGAGUGUCGAUGCUGCUCGUGUGUCAGAGCUGGAGAGUUUAUUAGGCUGCGCGAGGAUCGGUGAGAAAAUCCGACGCGAUUGAUUGUUCGCGGAUGAUCAAUGAAAACAUGACCCGCGUCCACGGCCGGAUCAAACCGUUCACAGAGAACUGAAGCGGCUCUCGGGUUCAUGGCGUUUCUCGUCAAGAAGAAGAAGUUUAAGUUUCAGACGCACGUUACUCUGGAGGAGCUGACCGCCGUGCCGUUCGUCAACGGAGUUUUGUUCUGUAAGAUCAGACUGCUGGAUGGAGGAGAUUUCACAGCUUCAUCAUCCAGAGAAGAGGUCCACCAGAACGCCGUUCGCUGGAGGAAGAGGUUCUCCUUUGUGUGCAAAAUGAGCGCCAACCCCAACACCGGCGUUCUGGACCCCUGCGCGUGCCGCGUCUCGGUCAGGAAGGAACUCAAAGGAGGAAAAGCUUAUUCAAAGCUGGGCUUUGCUGAUCUGAACAUGGCGGAGUUUGCUGGCUCGGGCUCCACCGCUCGCUGCUGUCUGCUGGAGGGAUACGACACCAAGAAUACCCGGCAGGACAACUCCAUCCUGAAGGUGACCAUCGGGAUGACCCUCUUAUCCGGAGAUCCGUGUUUCAAAACUCCCCCAAGCACCGCCAAAUCUAUAUCUGUGGCCGGCCGGGACCCUUCCCUGCAGCUGGACUGUAAAGGAGAAGGAACCGCUGAGGUUUUGCCCCGACUGACCAAACAGAGACCUUCUAUACUCGGCUCCGCUCUUCCUGAGGAGGUGGAUCAGGUUCCCGAUGAAGCGUUUCACACGGGCCAUUCACGAAACUCAAGUUAUGCCAGCCAGCAGAGCAAACUCUCAGGUUACAGCACCGAACACUCCUGCUCCUCCAGUCUGUCUGAUCUGACCCAUCGCAGGAACACAUCUACAGGCAGCAGUGUGAGCGCAGACCCUCCGUCUGAGAGCGACACCCGUCCCGAGCGACCUCCGCGACCCCCGCGGCCCAUGCUUCCCUCCAACAGACCGCCACGGUACGACCCCUGCGGCCGCCGGGAACCAAGUGCGCCACAGCCGGCGAAACUGACGCGUCCUUCUGUGUAUUCCAGGAGGAAGCAGGAUUCGGUGGAGGAUCACCCGACCUGGGUCAACGACACGCGGAUCGACGCGGACGACAUCGUGGAGAAGAUCGUCCAGAGUCAGAACUUUUCUGACAUCAGUAACAAUGAAGACAGUAACCUGAGACUGUUUGUGAGCAGAGACGGAACCACAGCACUGAGUGGCAUCCAGCUGGGAAACAGGGUCUCUGCUGGAGUCUAUGAGCCGGUGGUCAUUGAAAGCCAUUAGAUUUUCCCCCGUGAUGUUUCCGUUUCCUCACCAGAAUCCCGGAGGAAUCACACUAAUCUACUCCAGUCACCUCAUGAAUCAGAUAAAUGUUUGAGCGCUAAACCCCUGCAGGUGCCUGAAACACACCGCCAUGAUGCUUUUCCAGCAGAUCUGCACGACAGAGACCUGAUCUCAUGUUUCUGACAGGAUAAAAGAAAAAGAUAAUUGCCCAUUUUUGUCUCAAAACCAUUAUUUGUUUCUAACAGUUCUGAGAAAAAAGUAAGGCAAGAUAUACGUUCAGAAUUGCAAGAUAUAAACUGAGAAAACUGGCAGUGUUUAAACAAAUAAAAAUUAAAUUCAGAUUUUUUUUUCACCUCAGAAUAGAAAUUUAGACAAACUCCAAAUUGUAAAAUUCAAAAAUGGCAAUUACCUUUUAGAUUUCAGCUGCGUGCUGUUUUGUGUGUGUUUUGUCUCGUCUGUUUCUUCUCUCUCUUCUGUCUCUCCUCUCGUCCGAUGCCGUGUCUCUCAUUCGCACUGAACACUAAGUUGUGACGUGACUGGGCUCUUCCUGGAGCGCCGGCCGGUCUGAGUCGCUGUGUCUUGGGUUUUCCUCUCGUCUUAAACUCGUUGCUGCGCGACACAAAACUCCCUCCGAACAGAUUCUAGUGUUAUAAAACCAGUUGAAUGCACUUUACGAGAGAAUCUCUCAGAAACCGUCCAGGUCACAUUGCAUCUCAAUUAAAGAAAAAAAAAAUUGACUGAAAAUGAGCUCACCCUCAGGUCGUUCGAGACGAGUUUGUUACAUCACGAGAUGCUCAGCAGUGAAUGGGUGCCGUCAGAAUGAGAGCCCAAACAUCACAUUAAUCCACAGCACUCCGGUCCAUCAGUUAAUGUCAGAAAAGACGUGCAUUUUCAUAUUUCAUAACCGAGGAUCUGAGGAGGACUACAUUUCCAGCACUUUUCAAUUUGCUCCUUUCGAUUUUUAAUACUUUUUUUUUGUAGCUAUGAGAGGCAUUUUUGUCAUUUCCAUCACAAAUAAUUCUGAUUAUUUUCAUUUAAAUAAUUGCUUUAUUUUUCACGUUAAUUUUCUAAUUACUAUUUUUGCAUUUCAAGAAUUUUAGGAUGAUGUAAUUAAAUGCCAUUUAAAAAAAAAAAAAAAAACCCUGCAAAUCUUAAUUAAGACUAAUAAUAGUUUUUCUUUUUUCAGUGAAUUUUGAUUUUGUGAUUUAAAAUAUGAUCUGGACGUUUUUGGGGGUUUUUUUGUCGCAAGGUUUCAUGAGAUUCGCCGCAAAUACUUUUGGAAGCCAAACCGCAUAAAAUACCUAAUAUUUCUUUACGUCUUCUGUAAAAACAUGUUUGUUGAUGUUCAGCGUGACUCUAAAUGCAAAUGUAAUUCAUAUCAGGACAGUAAAAGUUGGUCUUUAUCACUCUGAAGGUCCUCAGGACGGGAACACCUCAUGAUGUUUUUUCAGCCGGCUGGUUAUUGUCCUUCGAGCAAUCACACACACACUCACACACAGACAGACACACACACACACACACACAGACACAGACAGACACACACACACAGACAGACACACACACACAGACAGACAGACACACACACACACACACACACAC